AUGGCACAACCCACAUGGAACAUGGAUCUUACUAUUCUUCCUGAUGAUGUACUAUCAUUAUAUGGUGAACCGUUUUACGAACUAGUUCGUAAAUUAGCUGGUCCAGGAGAGGCAAAAUUACUUGAGGCAGAAGGUAUUCGAAGUGCCUAUUCAUUGAUCAAUACCGAGGAUAUUUUUGAUAUAUUAAAUUAUCCAUGUAAAACAUUGAAUGACGUGAAAACAAGUAUAUGUCUAUUAUUGGAUGAUAAUCGAUAUAUUAUUAAAGCUGGUUGUAAAAUUAAUUUACAAUAUCUCAUUCAAUUAUUUACUUUAAAAAAUCAAGAACAUUUGAAAACAAUGGGAACCCGAAUGAAAUCAAAGAAGUCGAAUGAUAAUGGUAUUAGUAAUACUUUUUCAACCCAAUCGCCAGCACAAGUUCUUCCACUCUCUUCAUUAUCAUCACAACAAACAACAACAGCAUUAACACUAACAGGUUAG